GAAUACACAAUACAAAAUUCAACGGCCCCGCCCCAUAGCCACACAGCCCCAGUGGCCUAAUGGAUAAGGCACUGGCCUCCUAAGCCAGGGAUUGUGGGUUCGAGUCCCAUCUGGGGUGGACAUUUUUACCUGGGCAAGAAAAAGGAAAUUCAUGUUCGGAAUAUAGUAAAGAACAAUUAUGUAACGUGUUAAGCGGUCAAAUUAAACAACAACCGACUGACACCGUUUCAUCGGCGCUUGAGAAAAUCGCGCUUCAUCGCCUUCGCUCUCCUCAGAAGUAACCACAAUAAGAACAUUUAUUUACUGAAAUACAUGAGAGGCAGAGACUCGCAGGGAAAAUAUCAGCUGACAUGGAGAAGCAGAGCAUCAGAUUGUGCGUCCUGCUGUUGCUGCUGAGUACUUUCGCUUCAUCAGUGCAAACUUACCAGCUCCAAGAGGCCACCGUGUACUGGGAUGCUGCCCAGAAAAGUGUGAUCCUGAAGGAGGAGGUGAUGGAGACAGACAGGGGGGGAGCCUAUGGUUACUUCAACGACACUCUGUCCUCUCCUGGAUGGGGCGUCUUGGAGAUUUGUGCGGGUUACGGAGGAGUCACGCAGGAGGAUGAGACCACCUUCUUCCUGGCUGGGUACCUGGAGGGUUACCUCACUGCUGGACAGAUGUUCAGUCAUUACUCCAACAUGUACCCUCAGCUGAUAAAGGACGAGAAGGUUUUGAAUCCCCUGAAAAAGUUUUUGAGCAAACAGGACCAGUGGGCCAGGGAGCAGGUGAAACUGAGGAGAAACAGUGACCCCCUGUGGAGGCAUCUGGGACUGAUCCUGGCCCAGCUGGACGGACUCCACGCCGGAGCUGCACAGUGGGCCAAAACUAAACACAGAGAGCCUCUGUCAGCGUUUGCAGUCCAGUUUCUGAAUGGCGUCGGUGACCUCCUGGACCUGGUCCCGGCUCUGACGCCUCGGUCCAACUCCUCCACAGGGGGGGGCGGCACUUUCAGGAUGCCAGGAAUGGGCCACUGCACUGCCCUCAUAAAGGUGCUGCCAGGUUUCGAGAACCUGCUGUUUGGCCACUCCAGCUGGUACACUUAUGCAGCCACUAUGCGCAUCUACAAACACUGGGACUUCAGAGUGUCUGACACACACAUCGCCACUGGAAAGAUGUCGUUCAGCAGCUACCCAGGCUUCCUGAUGUCCCUGGAUGAUUUCUACCUGCUCGGGAGCGGCCUGCUCAUGACUCAGACCUCCAUCGGCGUCUUCAACGCCUCUCUGUUCUCCCAGCUCAGCCCUCACAGCCUGCUGGCCUGGCAGAGAGUCCGCCUGGCCAACAGCAUGGCGCACAGCGGGGAGGAGUGGGCGCUCAUUUUCUCCAAAUACAACUCAGGUACAUAUAACAGCCAGUACAUGGUGGUGGACCUGAGCAGGGUCUCUCUGGGUCACAGCAUCAGGACCGGAGCUCUGACUGUGGUGGAGCAGAUUCCUGGGUGGGUGAUGCACUCUGAUCAGACUCAAGCUUUACGCAGAGGUUACUGGCCGUCCUACAACAUACCGUUUCACGUCGAAGUCUACAACCUGAGCGGUUACGGUGUGAUGUGGAAGAAAUACGGGGUUGACUUCUCCUACGACCUCUGUCCACGAGCCAAAAUCCUCCGCAGGGACCAGGCCAAGGUGUCUAACCUCAGCUCCCUCAAACACAUCAUGAGAUACAACAACUACAAGAGAGACCCCUAUGCCAAGGGCCAUCCGUGUAAAACCAUCUGUUGCCGUAACGACCUGAGGCCGAGGAGGCCACGCCCAGGAGGUUGCUAUGACACUAAGGUGACUGACUACCAGAUGGCUCUCCAGCUGGUCGCAGAGGCAAUAAACGGCCCCACGACACAGGGGGGUCUGCCGCCAUUCUCGUGGCAAACCUUCAACCUCACGACUCAUCAGGGUCUCCCACACACCUACAACUUUUCCUUCAUCACCAUGAGGCCCACACUGCACCGACCAUAAGAGAGGGAAGAUACAAUUAGUCCUUAAAUAUAGACAUGGGACAAUCUGUUUAACUUCAUUUCCCACUGUCUGUUUGAAUUUAGUGUUAUUAUAUUACUUUAUUUUAAAAAAGUAUUCCUGCCAGUGUGAGGUACGACAACAGGUUGAUUAUUUGUUAUUAAACUAUUUAUUAAUCCAUUUAUACAUCAUCCUUUCUCAGUGUCCACCCAAGAGUGGCAGCAUUAUGACAGUGUACUCUGAAUUAACAUGAGGAUUUUCUGAAUUUACACAGACUGUUUGUUCCACAAACUAUGGAAUGUUAGCCAUCAGGGAAUUGCUGUUAAUUUUAUAUAAUUUUGUUAAUUUUAUAUAUAUUAAUUUAUUUGUUUAUUGUUUUGUUUUAAGUUCUAUGCAAUGUUUGCUCAGGUUUGUUCUGUGUGAAACAAAAUUAUCUGACUGACUUCAUGUAAAUAUUAACUAAUGAAUAAUGAAAUAUUCAUACAUUAUUUUAAAAAGUGGUGCAUUUUCUGUUGUAAUAAAUAGUCAAAA